AUGAGUCUCGAGGCAUUCCGUUGGCACGAGUUAGUGCAGGUUUGUACCGAAUUGGGAAUCGAUUUAGGGCAGACCAAACGCAAACCGCAUAUUAUAAAACUCCUUCAGGCCGAAGACGUCAGCAUUGAAGAGUUCACGGAGGCUCUGGAGGAAGUUCGCGAAAGGGAGCGGGAGGAACGCAGAAAGCGGGCCGACGAGGAGGCUCGCGAGAGGGCUAGAAAAGAACUCGAGUGGGCUCUCGAGUGUAAGAGAUGGGAACUCGAGAAACGCGAGUACAAGCGCGAAAUCGAGAGGCUCGACUACGAGUUCGAGCAGCUCGAGCUCGCGAAGAAAGCGCGGGAGUUGGAGGCUCUUUCUCGGGCUGCAACAGGCGUUGAAGGGGUGACACGAAAGGCGUGUCAGGGAAAGGAGAAAGUGGGAGCUGGGGGCACAGAGAUGACCGAAAACCAGCGUCUUUCUCCCGACACGACCGUCACCGAUCUUCGCAAGACCGACCCAUACCCCGAGCGGCGGGACGGCGAAAGUGACGUGGAGGCAGCGACAGAAUUGGUGUGUCAGGAAAAGAAGAAAACUGGAGCUGGGGACACCGAGGUGACCGGAAACCAGCGGGUUUCUUCCGACGCGACCGACGCUGUUCCACGCGAGACCGACGCCGUUCCGCGCAAGACCUGCCGAACGCCCGAGCGGCAAGAAAAGGAAGAGAAGGCUCUUCGGGCGUCCAGCUGCGACUUCCCGGAGGACGAAGGCGAUGCCAAGACAGAAGCGACGCCGGGGGAGUCCAGCCAGCUCAUGGAGAGCGGCGCCGAGAUGCAACAAACAGCGGUUCAGCAAACAAGCCAGGAUCCUGACCGCUCUGAUCGGCACCCGUGCGGCUUUGAGGACAAGCCCACGGCGCCGUCGCAGGAGUCCACGCGGCUGACCAGGAGGGAGGUGAUUGGGAUUUCCUUCGACAAGGUCAACCACACCUGCCUGGUACGGCUGCGGAGCCCGGACUCCAGACCAUUCACGGAGUCGAGGUGCAAGGAGGACGUCGACGAGUACGCGUCCCGCAGCGAGUCGUCGUGGUUGGAGGACGGGAGACCCCAAACCGGCCAUCCCAGGGUACCUGCAACCGGAAGCGGCUGCGCGAGCAAGGGAUCCACCGGGGACACGAUGGAGCCCGGGCGGGACAGAGCAGACCCGUCGCAGGUGCAUCUAAGGACGUCGUCGUGCUCGCGGCAUGGGAGAUCCGAGACCGAGAACCUGGAUGCCGUCAGGAGCAAGCGACCGAGGCCGAAGAAGAAGAGGCGGCGCCGAAUUAGCGUUGUACGUUCUGGCAGCAACGCUUCCUGCAGAGAACGUCGAGGCAAGCGCGACGAGCGCCACUUCAAGAGGAGGAAGCGGUUCUCGAGGCUGGGAGGGGGCAAACUCCAGGACCCCCACCCCAACGAGCCACGGACCCACAGCUCAAGUACGAGCAAGAAUCCUGGAGAAGGCAACAACGAGCCUGGAACGACUCGGCGAGGUUCCAGACGGAGUCACAGCCCAUCGCCUGUGGUUCAGCCUGGCGUCACGUCGGACGCGGAGACUAAGGGAGAUCUCCGAGACUGCAACUUCAAGUCUGUACGCAAGUCCAAGGAGAAAAGCUUGAACAGUUCGAGUGAAGCCAAGGACAAACUGGGCGUAGGUUAG